ACUACGUUAGCGAUCGUCCGGUUGUGUUUGCGUUUUUGAUCUGAUCUACCUAACUAGUCUAACUAGGACAGUCACAUACACAUAGGUACAGCUCCAUCACCAGCACACGGCCACGGACACUGCACGGGUCUCGGGACAUUCAUCAACGACAUCAACGACUUCAUCCCCUCCAUCCCGACCAGCAGCAAGCAAUCAAGCAAGCAUAUCACCUGACACCUCACACUGACCCCGCCCCCGCCCUCCCUGUCCAUCGCAAUGCCGGAAAUCGAAACCCUCACGAUCACGGCGCCGUACCUGCCGGUCGCCUGCGCGCUCGGCGAAGGUCCCUUCUACGAGGAAGACACGGACGUUUUGCGCUUCGUCGACAUCAUCCGGAAGGAGGUGCACAGCGUGUCGCUCGCCGCGGGGCCGGCCUCGCACAAGGUCGUUGUGCUCGAGGAUAGUGUUGGGAUCACGGCCGACAUCGAUGGCCGCACUGACGAGUACAUCGUUGCCGCGAAGUAUGGCUUUGCCACGCUGCGCAGGGACACCGGCGAGUUGACGUAUGUCAAGAAGGUGUACGAGGAUGAGCCUGAGAUGGCGGAGCGGAUGAGGUUCAAUGAUGGCGCCGUCGACUCCCGCGGCCGCUUCUGGGCCGGAUCUAUGAACGACUUCCAUGUCAAGAACCUACAAGCAGAAGGUUGUGUCUUCCGCUUGGACCCCGAUAUGACGCUGCACAGGAUGAUCGAGGACGUAUCGAUUCCGAACGGAAUGGGAUGGAGUCCGGACGACAAGACGAUGUACUUCACGGACUCUCCGUCGCGGGGGAUCUACGCGUACGACUACGACUCGCCCACGGGGGCGCUCAGCAACCGGCGGGUAUUCUUCCAGCUCGCCGCGGACGAGCCCGGUGUUCUCGACGGCUGCACCAUCGACACCGACGGGAACCUGUGGACUGCUGUCCACGAGGGUAGCAGGAUCCUGAAACUCUCGCCGCAGGGUGAGGUGCUGGCGCACGUCACUAUGCCCGCUUGGAAGAUCACCUGUCCUGCCUUCGGCGGUAGGGACUUGGAUAUAAUCUUUGUUACCACUGCGGGCGUGGACGACGGUGAGGAGACGCCAGAGGGAUCGGGACAUCACGGUGCCGUCUUUCAAAUCAAGGCGGGGGCUAAGGGUGCAAGGUCGAACAAGUUUGGUGCGUUCUAAAGGAGGAAGAGGAAGAGGAGGAGGAUGAGGAGGAUGAGGAGGAUGAGGAGAAGGGGGAGAACGAGGAGGGGAGCGGUGCGGAUGGGAAGCACGCGAUAUUAGAGGUCAUCAAGCAGACCACGGAUGUUGACGGAUGGUAGUUUCUAGCGAGAUUUGGAGGGGUGGGGAUGUUUAUUGUUUGUUUGUUUGUUGGACUGGUCAGAUGUUUACACACGAGGGUGGGGGUGGAGAUGUUUAUUAUUUCGCGCACGGGGGUUGGGCAAGUAUUUCCGGGCCCAACAUUCAACUUUGGGCUAUGGUAUGGUCUGCUUGAUUGCUGGUUGCUGGGAUGGCUUUUAGACUUAUACACACAUACCGUACCCAAGUACCCGUAUAGAGAAGUGGUGGUGCUGGUCACUGGUGGGGCAGGCGUCAAACAUAGAGUACGCAAGUCAUAGAUGCAUACGCAGGCCGCUUAACCCCC